CGAGAGUAAUACGUGAUGGAAUAUAAAGUAUUGCCAGACGAAGCGUUUAUAAAUUCGGGCCAUUUUCAUCAACUUCUUGAACCCUGUUUGGAACCUGUGUUGAAUUAUUUAAGUUUAGAUGCACAUUGUGAUCAAGCCGUCAAUAUAGUGGACGUCGGGACGGGCGAUGGACGAACUGUUUCUCCAUUCCUGAAAAUUCUGAUUGAAAAAAUUCGAGCCAAGUCAAUUUCUCGAGAAAUUUCUGUGUUUUUCAACGACCAAAAGACCAACGAUUUCAACGCUUUAACAAAGGCUAUAACAGUUUUCAAAGAAGAAAUUAAUGAUCCCUUAAUCCGAACUUUCAUCAACCCUAGCGAUGGUUUUGGACGUUGUCUUCCGGAAUCGAGUAUUGACGUCGGUAUUUGCUCACUCGUGGUGCAAUGGCUAUCCACGCCGAUACGUCUAGAAAAAGAGUUAGUUUACCUGCCUGGAAAGACUGAGAACAAAGAAGUUAUUGAAAAAGCAGCCCAGGAUUGGGAAAAUUUUCUUUACUCGAGAUCCAGAGAGAUGAAAAAAGGUGCUGUGUUUCUUGUUGUUGUACCCUACUUUUGUACAGAUUUAUAUGGAAUCCUUUCUGAUGAAUUUUAUCAACUUUAUGAAAAGAAUAUCAUUACAAAGGAAGAGUUGUCAAACACAACCAUACCAUCGUACCCCUACAGAACAGACACCGAACUCAGGGCACCGUUUGACGACAUUGGACAGCAGAUUGGCAUUCAACUUCUAGAACUGCGGAAAAGACCUAUAAAGAUCUGUGAGCAUAAGGAUAUUAUUGCCGGUUUGAGAUUAUGGAUGUGCUGCAGCUUAAUGGCGGGGCUUUGUAAAACCAGAAAUGAUAUGGAAGCUGCUGAAAUCUGUAACACUUAUUUUCAACACUUAAGAAAACGGUUAUCGGACUGGAAAUGGGUUGAUUGCAUUGCGUUUGACGUUAUAUUUCAGAAAAUAUGAUAUUUCAAGUUACGCUACUCUCAAAGAAGGAUAUCUCCAUAAUUGCUUCCAUCCUUCUUUGUCAUUGUUAUUGUAAUUGGACUUGUAAGCUUUUUUUCUGUUUUGCUUGAAAUUGCUGCUCA